AUGAUUGAACAGGACACGAUUGCCGGCGACGCCAGCCUGGACGCCGGCCGGCCCGCCACCAUUGCCGAAAUGCGCAACGAUCCCCAGGCGAUCGCGCAUGCAUUCGAAAGCGGCGAAUACCCCUAUCGCACCAAGAUGCGGCGCUCGGCCUACGAGAAGCACAAGGCCGAACUGCAGGUGGAACUGCUCAAGGUCCAGGAAUGGGUCAAGGACACCGGCCAGAAGGUCGUGAUCCUGUUCGAGGGCCGCGAUGCGGCCGGCAAGGGCGGCACGAUCAAGCGCUUCAUGGAGCAUCUGAACCCGCGCGGCGCGCGCGUGGUGGCAUUGGAAAAACCGUCCGAACGCGAAAGCACGCAAUGGUAUUUCCAGCGCUAUGUCGAACAUUUGCCUGCGGGUGGCGAGAUCGUCCUGUUCGACCGGUCCUGGUACAAUCGCGCCGGUGUCGAGCGCGUCAUGGGCUUCUGCUCGCCCAACGACUAUCUCGAAUUCAUGCGGCAGACGCCGGACUUCGAGCGCAUGCUGGUGCGCUCGGGCAUUCGCCUGUUCAAGUUCUGGUUUUCGGUCACGCGCGAAGAACAGCUGCGCCGCUUCCAGUCGCGCGGCAAGGACCCGCUCAAGCAGUGGAAACUGUCGCCGAUCGACAAGGCUUCGCUGGACAAGUGGGAUGACUACACCGAAGCCAAGGAAGCGAUGUUCUUCUACACCGACACGGCCGACGCGCCGUGGACGGUGGUCAAGUCGAACGACAAGAAGCGGGCGCGCGUCAACACGAUGCAGCAUUUCCUGUCGAGCCUGCCUUAUCCCAAGAAGGACCGCCGGAUCGUGCGCGGUCCCGAUCCGCUGAUCGUCGGCCAUUCGGCGCAGGUGAUCGGCCGUUCGGAACACAUAUUGGGCGCGACGAUGCACCCCGACAUGAAAAAGAGCGCCUGA